UGUAAUGAGUGUGGGAAAGCCUUUAAACGACACAAAAGCCUCAUGCAACAUCAGAAAAUUCAUUCUGGUGAGAGACCUUUUCAGUGCAAGGAAUGUGGGAAGGCCUUCAUUGUUCUGGCUCAUCUCACACGGCACCAGACUAUUCAUACUGGAGAGAAGUCAUUUGAGUGCAAGGAAUGUGGCAAGAAAUUCAGAACUGCCACACACCUUGUUCAGCACCAGACUAUUCAUACAGGUGAGAAACCCUUUGAGUGUAAUGUAUGUGGGAAGGCUUUCCGGCUUCCGGUAUACCUUUCUGAGCAUCAGAAAACUCACAUGGAAGAGAAACACUUUGAAUGUAACAUAUGUGGGAAGGUCUUUAGGCUUCAGGUAUACCUUUCUGAGCAUCAGAAAAUUCACACUGAAGAGAAACCCUUCAAGUGUAAGCUGUGUGAGUCAGCCUUCAGAAGUAAGUACCAACUUAGUAAACAUCUCACAAUUCAUACUGAUGAGAAACCCUAUCAGUGCAAGGAAUGUGGGAAGUGCUUUCGUCAAAAGUCCAAUUUUACUGAUCACCAGAGUAUUCACACUGGAAACAAACCCUUCCAAUGUAAAGAAUGUGGGAAGUUUUACAGACUUAAUACACUUCUCAUUCGUCAUCAGAAAUCUCACAGUAGUGAGAGACCUUAUGAGUGUAAAGAAUGUGGGAAGGCUUUUCAUCUUCCAAGUGAGCUUAAUAACCAUCAAAUUGUUCAUACAAAUACAAGACCCUUCGAAUGCAAGGUAUGUGGGAAGUCCUUCAAGCGUGAAUCCACUCUCAUUCAACAUAUGGCCAUUCAUGCUGGUGUGAAAUCAUAUGAAUGUAAAGAAUGUGGGAAAGCUUUUAUUCACCACUCAAGCCUAUUGCACCACCGGAAAAUUCAUUCUGAUGAGAAACCUUUUAAGUGUCAAGAGUGUGGAAAGGCCUUCGUUGUUCUGGCAUACCUCACUCGGCACCAGAGCAUCCAUACUGGAGACAAAUCAUUUGAAUGUCAGCAGUGUGGGUCAGCCUUCAAAUAUAAGUCCCAACUCAAUAAACAUCAGAGAAUUCAUACUGAUGUGAAACUCUUUCAGUGCAUGGAAGGUGGAGAUAACUUUGUUCAUGGAGCAAACAUUAGCAUUCAUCAGGGAAUCCAUACUGGUGAGAAUCCCUUUCAAUGUAAUGAAUAUGGGGAACCCUUUCAACAUCAUAACCAAUUUCUUGGACAUACUAGAAUUCAUACUGGUAGGAAACCCUAUCACUGUAAGGAAUGUGGAAAGAACUUCAAUUUGAGCUCAGGCCUUCUUUAACAUAAAAGAAUCCAUACUGGUGUCAAACACUGAAUGCAAGGAAUGUGGGAACAUUUAUAGAAUUAGCUCAAGCUCUUCAGAGAUUUGAAACCAUGUGAAUGAGAAGAAUCAGGAAAACUCUUUAUUAUAGAUGGUGAGUUUACACAACAUCAGAAAAUCUGUAAUAGCCAGGAGUCCUAUGCAUGUAAGGAAAGUGGACAAGCCUUCAGAAAAUUUUAUUGAACAUCAAGGUCCUCAUACUGGGAAUACUAUGACUUAAAAUAGUGUGGGAACUUUAAUCUGCCCUAGAUAUAGUGAACAUCAGAGUGUUCAUAUACUGUUAAUAAACUCUUUGGAAUGAGAAUGUGGGAAGUGGGUUGUUCAGAGAAGACACUCUGUUGAGAGUUUCAUGUUAGAAAUCCAGAGUAGCAAUCAUGUUCUUGAUUUACUCUCUUGUUGUAUAAAUUUUAUUCAUCAAUCAAUAGUCAUCCAGGAUAAUGAAUUUAGGGGUAACAGUUAUUGGAACUGAGUAUUUGGUUAGUUCCCAUGGUCUCUAAAAGAGCUUUUAAAAUUUUCUCCUUUUAUCAGCAUUAGUAUAACUGACAUGAAAGGUUAAUUGUACUUUAGAUAGUUUAGGAAAGUCUCAUGCUUUUACUCACAUUUUAAAUAACUAUUCUGGAUAUAUCUAAUGGAUGAACAUGAAAGGAUUUGAAUCGUUCCCCAGUCCUUAAGUAUUUGUGUGGACAUUUUAAAAAACAGUCAUUUAUGAAUAAGUACUUUCUAAAAGGGUGAAACACAUAAAAAUUUCAAGAUGUAAAAAAUCCCUGUAAUUCAUGCCUUCUGCCUACACAUGAAGAUAGAGUAUACAUUUAUGAUAGGACAGGAAAGUCCACAGGCUUCUCCGUCUCUUAUUCUUGCUAAGAAUUAACCAUUUCAGGUUUGACUAGAAUUUGACUAGAAUUUCCUUGAUGGAGAAUAUUAUGGAAAAUUGUCCAACUCUACUUAGAAACUGGAGCUUAAAUUGCCUCAGCUAAUUGAUCCUGGCUUCUGUUAAGUGCCCUGUGUGUUUAAACCUCUCCCUCCAGCUAUCAGUUUAUUUUUGGCUAAUUUUAAACUCCCUGCUUGUCUAAAAGCUCCCUCUGUAGCUCCUGAACAAGAUAAUAGGAGGUGCGUUUUCCUCUAAAUGCUGAGGCUAUUCUUGGGUUCCAAAUACAUGAAUGUUCUCAUGUACAUGGCUGGAAUAAAGACUUAAAUUUUGAAGUAAA